AUGCCUGGUGCUAUGCUUGCUACCACUGCUGAUGUCAAUCAGAUUGAGGCUCCAGUCACCUGGAAGGCCUACCUGAUUUGCGCCUUUGCUUCCUUCGGAGGUAUCUUCUUCGGUUAUGACUCUGUGGUAUANGGUUACAUCAACGGUGUCACCGGUUCUCCCGUCUUCGUCGAGCUCAUCGAGGGCGCUGGCCAAACCACUCUCUCCGGUCCCCACAACUCUCUCAUCACUUCCAUCCUCUCUGCCGGUACCUUCUUCGGUGCCAUCAUCGCUGGUGAUGUCGCUGACACCAUCGGUCGUCGCUGGACUGUCAUUAUCGGCUGUCUCAUCUACAUCAUUGGUGUCGUUCUUCAGGUCGCUUCCCACGGUCUUGGUCUCAUCGUUGCUGGUCGUCUGGUCGCUGGUCUCGGUGUCGGUUUCGAGUCCGCCAUCGUCAUUCUUUACAUGUCUGAGAUCUGCCCUCGCAAGGUCAGAGGUGCUCUCGUCUCCGGUUACCAGUUCUGCAUCACCAUCGGUCUCCUGUUGGCCUCUUGCAUCAACUACGGAACCCAGAACAUCAACGGCACUGCUUCUUACCGCAUUCCCAUCGGUAUUCAGUUCCUCUUCGGUCUGAUUCUUGGUGGUGGUCUUUUCUUCCUUCCCGAUUCUCCUCGUUACUUCGUCAAGCGCGGUAACGUUGAGGCUGCCCGCAGUGCUUUGUCCAGACUUCGUGGCCAGCCCGGUGACUCCGACUACAUUGAGGCUGAGCUCGCCGAGAUCGUUGCUAACGAGGAAUACGAGCGCACCAUGAUUCCCACCUCUGGCUGGGUUUCUGGCUGGGCCAACUGCUUCAAGGGUUCGCUGUGGAAGCAGAGCAGCAACCUGCGCAAGACUAUUCUCGGUACCUCUCUUCAGAUGAUGCAGCAGUGGACUGGUGUCAACUUCAUCUUCUACUACUCUACUCCUUUCCUCAAGUCUACCGGUGCCAUUGGCAACGCUUUCUUGAUCUCNCUGAUCUUCACCCUUGUCAACGUCUGCUCUACUCCCAUCUCUUUCUACACUGUUGAGAAGUUCGGUCGUCGUCCUCUGCUCAUCUGGGGUGCCUUCGGUAUGCUGAUCUGCCAGCUUAUCGUCGCUGUUGUCGGUGUCACUGUCGGUUUCAACCACACCCACACUGUCCCCAACCCCGCCGGUGGUGACCCUCUUACCCGCGCCAACAACAUCUCUGCCGUCAACGCUCAGAUCGCCUUCAUUGCCAUCUUCAUCUUCUUCUUUGCUUCCACCUGGGGUCCCGGUGCCUGGGUCUUGAUCGGUGAAGUCUUCCCUCUUCCCAUCAGAUCUCGUGGUGUCGCCCUCUCUACCGCCUCCAACUGGCUCUGGAACACCAUCAUUGCUGUUAUCACCCCUUACAUGGUCAACACCGACGAGGGCAACCUCAGAUCGUCUGUCUUCUUCAUCUGGGCCGGUCUCUGCACAUGCGCCUUCGUCUACAGUUGGUUCUUGGUGCCCGAAACCAGNGGUCUUUCGCUCGAGCAAGUCGACCGCAUGAUGGAGGAGACCACCCCUCGUACCUCCGCCAAGUGGGUNCCCCACGAGACCUUCGCCUCGUCUGUCGGACACGCCAACGGUGGCAAGCUCGACCUCGAGGUCGUCGAGGAUGUCGAGAGAAAGGGCAGUGUCUUUUAA